AUGAGCGCCAUCCCUGAGGCUGACCCUGAUGAGCCUGUCGAGACCAAGCCCUUCAAGUUCGUGACAGGCUACGACGCCCGCUUUCCUCACCAGAAUCAGACCAAGCACUGCUGGCAAAACUACGUCGACUACCACAAGUGCAUUCUCGCGAAGGGCGAGGAUUUCCGUCCAUGCCGCCAGUUCUUCCUUGCCUACCGCUCUCUUUGCCCCAAGUCCUGGACUGAUCGAUGGGACGACCAGCGUGAGGCCGGCAACUUCCCUGCUCACCUGGAGCACUAA